GAGGAAAGGCAGUCUCCACCCACCUCUAGCGCUCUCCCUUCUCCUUUAUAAAGGCCGGAACAGCUGAAAGGGUGGCAACUUCUCCUCCUGCCGCCGGGAGCAGCCCGCCUGCCUCCCCGCGCGCCCGCAGCCUCCCCCGCUGCCUCCCUGAGGGCUCUCCUCUGGCCGCCAGCGCCCAUCUUUCAUUCCCGAGACUGAGAUAUUUUGCGCGCACACACAUACACACACGCGCAAAAAGGGGGGAAAAAAAAAAAGGCCCACCCUCCAGCCUCGUUGCAAAGAGAAGCCGGAGCAGCCGCAGCUCACAGCCCGCAGAGGAAGCCCAGAGCGGCGAGCGCGACGACAGACGGACCGACGGACUCGCGCCGCGUCCACCUGUCUGCCGCGCCCGGCACUGCGCGCAGCGGGUACGCCGCGAGCGCGGAGCAGCCGUGCCCGCCGCCCGGGCCCCGCGCCAAGCCGCACACGCUCCGGCCCCCCCCACCCGGCCCGGGCGGGAGUUUGCACCUCUCCCUGCCCGGGUACUCGGGCCGCCGCUGCAAAGCCAACUUUGGAAAAAGUUUUUUGGGGGAGACUUUGGCCUUGAGGUGCUCAGCUCUGCACUUUCCGACUUCGGGGGGCUUUCCAGAAAAUGUUGCAAAAAAGCUAAGCCGGCGGGCAGAGGAAAACGCCUAUAGUCGGCGAGUGAAGACGAGCCAUCGACUGCCGUGUUCUUUUUCCUCUUGGAGGUUGGAGUCCCCUGGGCGCCCCCACACGGCUAGACGCCUCGGCUGGUUCGCGACGCAGACCCCUGGCCGUGGAUGCUCACUCGGGCUCGGGAUCCGCCCAGGUAGCGGCCUCGGACCCUGGUCCUGCGCCCAGGCCCUCCCCAGCCCCUCAACGACGGAGCCGGGGCCGGGGGCGGCGGCGCCCGGGGGCCAUGCGGGUGAGCCGCGGCGGCGGCUGCAGCGGCCUGAGCGCCUGAUCGCCGCAGACCCGAGUCGAGCCCACCUCCCUCCCCAGCCCCCGCCCCCCACCCUGGCCGCGGGGGCGGCGCGCUCGGUCCACGCGUCCGGGGCCCCGCGGGGCCGGGCCCGGAGUCGGCAUGAAUCGCUGCUGGGCGCUCUUCCUGUCUCUCUGCUGCUACCUGCGUCUGGUCAGCGCCGAGGGGGACCCCAUUCCCGAGGAGCUCUACGAGAUGCUGAGUGACCACUCGAUCCGCUCCUUUGAUGACCUCCAGCGCCUGCUGCACGGAGCCUCCGUAGAUGAAGACGGGGCCGAGUUGGACCUGAAUUUGACCCGAUCCCAUUCUGGAGGCGAGCUGGAGAGCUUAUCCCGAGGGAGAAGGAGCCUAGGUUCGCCGACGGUCGCCGAGCCGGCCAUGAUCGCCGAGUGCAAGACGCGCACUGAGGUGUUCGAGAUCUCGCGGCGCCUCAUCGACCACACCAACGCCAACUUCCUGGUGUGGCCGCCGUGCGUGGAGGUGCAGCGCUGCUCCGGCUGCUGUAACAACCGCAACGUGCAGUGCCGCCCCACCCGGGUGCAGCUGCGGCCUGUCCAGGUGAGAAAAAUCGAGAUUGUACGGAAGAAGCCAACCUUUAAGAAGGCCACGGUGACCCUGGAGGACCACCUGGCGUGCAAGUGUGAGACAGUGGUGGCUACUCGACCCGUGACCCGAAGCCCAGGGAGUAGCCAAGAGCAGCGAGCCAGGACACCCCAAACUCGGGUGACCAUUCGGACAGUGCGAGUCCGCCGGCCCCCCAAGGGGAAGCACCGGAAGUUCAAGCACACGCAUGACAAGAAGGCACUGAAGGAGACCCUCGGAGCCUAGGGGCAUCUGCAGGAGAGUGUGGGCAGGGUUAUUUAAUAUGGUAUUUGCUGUAUCGCCCCCAUGGGGUCCUUGGAGUGAUAAUAUUGUUCCCCUCGUCCGUCUGUCUCGAUGCCUGAUUCGGACGGCCAAUGGUGCUUACCCCUUCCGCGCGUCCGUCCACCCACCAGCGGGUCCCCUCAUUGGCCUCCAGCACCUUGCCCGGAAGCUCGAGAA